CAAGAGAUAGAAUUUGAUAGACUAAAACUAGACAUUGUCAUUAGAUUUUUUUGACACUCUCCCUUUAAUUAUAUUCAAGUGCCAUUUGAACCCUUUGUUGAGGUAUUUUGAUUAAAUAAUUGAAACAAAAUAAAAAGAAAAAAAAGAGAGAUGUAACUUGGUGGAAACAACCAAGAAGUGCAGGAGAGCCUUUAGGAGUUUUGUCUUCUUCUCUUGGAGGGUGUGAGCUAGAUUAUUCUCCAUUAUUGUGUAUUUGGCUAUUUAAAAGCCAUGCAUGGCACAAUACGGUUGAGGAGGGGAGAAAAAGGAGAGGAAGGUUAAAGAGAGAGGUGUUACACAAGAUAUCACCAACAUUGUGUGAGUGAGUGUGGGGAGUAACUGGUUUUUAGUUACUCGGAAAAUACAUCCGGGUGUAGGGUGUGAAAGAACCGGAGCAGUAGAGCCCUGCAAGUCCAAGAAACCUCAGUGUGGGAACUAGAAGAGGAAAUCAAUAUGUUAAGAGAGCAAUUAGGAUGUGCAGAAGCAGAUAGAGACAAAGCUCUUGCUGAUCUUGUGGAGAUUAGACAAUUAAUCAAUGACUAUAAUUACUUCAAAGAUGUUUUGUACAACACACAGAAAGAGCUGAAUGACAAAGACAGAGAUAUGGAGCUGCUGAGAUCGAAACUCAGCGAGGCCGAGGCCGAAAGAGAAGAGGCAAAAGAGAGAUUAAGAGAGGCACUUGCCAAUGCAGAAGCCUCCGAGGCACGGUCCCGCCAUGCCAUCUCUGAUCUUCGGAUCCGGAUCAAGGAGCUCGAGGAGCGAGCGGAAAACAAAAAAGACCGGGAUCCGAAGAUCGAGAGUCUGAGCGAAGAGAUAUCUUCGCUCAGAAAGGAGUUGAAAAAGGCAAAGGAGGAAGAGGAGAAGAGCAGAAAGGCAAUGGAUGGGCUCGCGUCGGCUUUGAAGGAAGUCGCGGGAGAAGCGAUCGAGGCCAAGGAAGACGUGAAGCUAAAACUCGCCGCGACUCAAUCCGAUCUGGAUCAAGUGAAGCGGGAGAACGCGAAGUUGAAAGAGAGAACAAAGAGAGGAGAGGAUAAGUGUCACAAGGAGCUGGAAGAGACUAAAAAAGAAAUAGAGGUAUACAAAAACACGGUGGAGAGGUUGAGAUUGGAGGCGGAGGAGGGGCUUAUGGCGUGGAAUGGGAAGGAAAUGGGAUUCGUGAGCUGCAUAAAGAGAGCGGAGGAAGAACGGGACAAUGCGAGUCGGGAAAUCCUUAGGCUGAGAGACCUGUUGAAGCAGGCAAUAAGUGAAGCCAAUGCUGCUAAGGCUGCUGCUAACAUUGCCAUUGAUGAAAACUCGAAGCUCAAAGAUUGCUUGGCUGCUGCUGGGAAAGGCGGCUUAAGAACAUGAAGAUUGAAGACUUAUGGUUGUGAUUAUGUAUGAAAGAAUAAGACUUCUACUUCCUU